AUGCCCAUUCCACGCAGGCGUGCUCUUUCAAUUUCGGGAGAUUUACAAAACGGUCAAUUGACGGUGGCUCAACCUCGGUCUGCCUUUAUAAACAAGCUACCUUUGGAGAUCCGACGCAUGAUCUACGAAAAGACCCUAGGAGAACAAUCCAUACAUACCUAUUCUGAGGCCAUUGAGUAUCUUUACAAAGCCAACCAAUUCUUCAUCUCGACCGAUUUGGAAGACUUCCCAACAGCGGGUUAUCUCUCCUAUUUCUUCCAACCCCAACGCAUUGUGCAGAUCAGCAACCUCACCAUUGAAUGGGAUAUUGACCGCCAUCAAUACUUCAAUGUCAACUUGAUGCCUGACCAUCACCGAAGCGAGUGGUACAGAUCCUGGGACGGCCUGAGCAAAAUGGCUGGCCUCCGUCGACUACAUAUCAAAUUCUACUUCUGCCUCGACCUUUGGCAGGGAUGUUACGGCGAGUUUUGGGAGCGAAAUAGCAAGGAGCUGCUGCAACCCAUCAAGAGGAUCACGGCUCCAAGAGACUUCCUCAUCACUCUUCCGAAUUGGCAGUGUUCGACCGAUAUUGACGUUGGUGAGUCUAGGUGCGUCUUCAAACUGCCAGAGAGGGUUGGCCAGGAAGGUAACGCGUCGUGA